CUUGGUUCGUGGUAUAGACGCAAUUCAGACGACGAGAAAAAAUGGCGUCUCUUAGAGGUAUACGAUUUUUGGCUCGAAAUACCGGCUUUUUAAAGAUUGGAGCGAAUAAUUUUGUGUUGCAAACACCCACGGUUUUUUUCGCUCCGAGGUCCACCAGAUUCAUUCAUUCGAUAAUCCGGGAUUGUUGGAAAGUCACAAACAGUAAGGUAUUCAUAGGAAAGACGAGCGUCAAAUCACAAUCUGAGAAGUGUCAGCGUGGAUUUAGCGAGAAACCACCUCUCUCACUUAAAUCGAUUGGUGAUCGCGUUAUUUUGGUCCUCAAACUUUAUGACAAGGUCGAUCCUGCAAAGCUAACUCUUGAAUCACAUUUUCUUAAUGAUCUCGGACUGGAUUCUCUUGAUCAUGUUGAGGUUAUCAUGGCAAUGGAGGACGAGUUUGGCUUUGAGAUACCAGAUAUUGACGCAGACCGACUACUUAAACCUGCUGAUAUCGUUCGUUACAUCGCGGACAGAGAAGAUAUUUAUGAGUAAUCCCCAACUCACAGAUUAGUAGGUUCUUCACCAUCUCCGCAUUCUCCUUUAUGUACUCUACUACAUAAUUAUUCUAUGAUAACUCACAUCUGUAAUCUAUCGUAUGUGUAAAUAGACAAACCGUCAAUGUACGAAUAAAGGUACAUCUGUGAAUUAA